GGUCUUGGACUAGACAGUCUCAUUUAUGCAGCGCAGUCUCUGUGCCCAGCCGGAGGGACCCUUCUAGAGCAGGGUUGGAGGUGGAGGACUCAGAAGCCAAGGCUGGGCUGUCUGGCCACCAUGAAGCCAAUGCUGUUCAGCUACUUGCUUUUAUCCAUUUUCCCAUUCUGCUCAGCGGAGCUUUACAGGGCGGAGGCAGAGAGAAUCAUGAACGAGACUCCUCUAAUAGACGGACACAAUGACCUGCCCUGGCAGCUGCUGAAAAAGUUUAACAACAGGCUAAGCGUGGCGCCGGCAAACCUCACCCUGCUCAAUGACACCCACACCAGCAUCCCCAAGCUGCGGAGCGGGCACGUGGGGGGGCAGUUCUGGGCGGCUUACGUGCCCUGCGAUACCCAGAACAAAGACGCAGUGAAGCGAACGCUGGAGCAGAUCGACGUCAUUCACCGCAUGUGCGACAAGUACCCCGAGGCCUUUGUGUGUGUCACCAACAGCACAGGCAUAGAAGACGCCUUCCAAGCAAAGAAGGUUGCCAGCUUGAUUGGCGUGGAGGGCGGCCACUCUAUGGACAGCAGCCUGGGCACCCUGCGGAUGUUCUACCGGCUGGGGGUGCGCUACAUGACCCUCUCCCACAGCUGCAACACCCCCUGGGUGGACAACUGGCUGGUGGACACAGACGAGGAACAGCCCGUCCACAACGGCCUGUCGCAAUUCGGGAAGCGCGUGGUCUGGGAGAUGAAUCGCCUAGGCAUGCUGGUCGACCUGGCCCAUGUGUCUGUGCGGACGAUGGCAGACGCCCUAGAGGUUUCCAAAGCUCCUGUUAUAUUCAGCCACUCAUCAGCCUAUGAGCUCUGCAGAAGCAGGCGCAAUGUGCCCGACGACAUCCUCCGCAGAGUGAACGAGACGGGUGGCCUGGUGAUGGUGAACUUCUACAACAUGUACGUGUCCUGCAACAAGGAGGCUGCCAACCUGUCCCAGGUCGCAGAUCACCUGGAUCACGUCAAGAAGGUGGCUGGCUCCGCGGCGGUUGGCUUUGGCGGGGACUACGACGGCGUGCCCACGCUUCCCCAGGGGCUGGAGGAUGUUUCCAAAUACCCUGAGUUAAUAGCUGAGUUACUGAGAAGGAAGUGGACUGAAGCCGAAGUGAAAGCUGCCCUCGCCAUGAACCUGCUGAGAGUCUUCAAGAAGGCGGAGGAGGUGAGGGACAGCCUGUCCCAGGAGCCACCUGACGAUGAGCCGAUUGCGUACGAGGAACUGGAAGGGCAGUGCAGAACCAGCUACGGGUACCCUGCCCGUGCCAAAGCCAGCACCCCCAGCGUGCUGUCAGCCGCUCUCAUCAUCCCCCUCCUUUACUCCCUCCUCCUGUAGAGCUCUGGAGGCAGAGCCCAGACCCCCACCCCUUCUGAGCCAGCCCAGCUGGGGUGGGAGGGGUGCAACCCGACUCUCCACUGCCCUGGGGCUGACCCUGCAUGAAGGGGAGCCGAUCAGACCACAGCUGCCCUGCUAUCUCCCAGUCUCACUGGGCCCAAAGGGGGUGAGGUUCAGUCAUGUUAGACACAGGCCUGGCUGCCAUGACACGGGCUGCCGUGAUCGAAGCUGGGUUAAGUGGCCACGCCCCAGCCUGGGCCCCCCGUUUGCCUCUGGCCAGUGGGCAACCUGGGCCUCCAUGUGGCUUUUCACAGGGGUUGAGCCCACUCAGCUGAGCUAACAUGACUUAACCCUGUCCCAUCCCCCUUUCUGCCCUUUGGCACCCGGCCAUCACCUGCAAUGCUGCAGUAUGUAAAUUAAAGCUGUCUCUGCU